CCCCCACUAAUACAAAGUCUGACCCGCUCCAAACCAGCGUCACACCCCGCACAAAAUCCCGAUUGAUUUGAGCCCUAAACCCUAGCUCGCAUUCUUUAUCUCCGCCUCUCUGGUCAUUCAUUCCACAGAGCCUCACAACUAACCAGACAAAAUGCCUUUCAAGCGUUACGUUGAGAUCGGGAGGGUUGCCCUUGUCAACUACGGCAAGGACUACGGGAAGCUUGUUGUCAUCGUCGAUGUUAUUGACCAGAAUCGAGCUCUGGUGGAUGCACCUGAUAUGGUAAGGUGUCAAAUGAAUUUCAAGAGGCUUUCGCUAACAGAUAUCAAAAUCGAUAUCAAGAGGAUUCCGAAGAAGAAGACACUGGUUGCAGCUAUGGAGUCUGCUGAUGUUAAGAACAAAUGGGAGAAGAGCUCCUGGGGUAGAAAGCUGAUUGUUCAGAAAAGAAGGGCCUCUCUUAAUGAUUUCGAUAGGUUCAAACUCAUGUUGGCAAAGAUCAAGAGGGCUGGGACAAUCAGACAAGAGCUUGCAAAGCUGAAAAAGCAGACUGCAUCCUGAGCACUAAUAUUUAUAUGGCAAUCCCAAUUUUGUUAUGAAUUUUCUGCAAGUCGUACUUUUGGAUUGUUUUUCGUUUGCUUUUGCUGAUUCAAAGUUUCAGAGCAGUUUUAAGGAGAAUUUUUGUAUUUUAAGAAAGACAUGGUAAUCAGUGAAUCUUGCUGGAUACUUGUUAUCAGUGCA